CAUAUAAAGAGGAAUAAGGCAUAUGGCUGAGAUGCUGGACAGUUAACUCAGUAGGUCUCAGAUUCAUCAUCCACCUUUUAAUGUAGAGAUUCACAAACUACAAGCUGUGAGACCUUUGGGUGGAUGGCUGGUACUCUUCGCCAUCAUGUUGCAGUUGGUGGCAGCUUGCCCUGAGUCAUGUGUGGUGUGCACCAAAGAUGUAACCCUCUGUCACCAGCUAACCUAUAUAGUAGCAGCCCCUAUGACCACGAGGGUUUUAAUCAUCACUGAUGGAUAUCUGUCCUCUAUUGAGAGCACCAACCUGUCUCUCUUGUUUAAUCUUGCCCUGCUCUCUCUGAGCAGAAAUGGUAUCGAGGAUGUUCAGGAAGAUGCCCUAGAUGGCCUUACGAUGUUGCGGACUUUGUUGCUGGAGCACAACCAAAUAUCCAGCUCUUCGCUCACUGAUCACACCUUCAGCAAGCUUCACAGCCUGCAGGUGCUGGUGCUGAGCAAUAAUGCUCUCCGCACCCUACGAGGGUCUUGGUUCCGAAACACAAGGGGCCUGACCCGGCUCCAGCUGGAUGGGAAUCAGAUCACUAAUCUCACAGACAGUUCUUUUGGAGGCACGAAUCUCCACAGUCUCAGGCAUCUGGAUUUAUCCAACAAUUUUAUUUCCUACAUUGGGAAAGAUGCCUUCCGGCCCCUGCCUCAACUACAGGAAGUGGACCUUUCGCGAAAUAGGUUAGCCCACAUGCCGGAUGUUUUUACUCCACUGAAGCAGUUAAUCCAUCUGAGCUUAGAUAAGAACCAGUGGAGCUGCACUUGUGAUCUCCAUCCCCUUGCUCGGUUUUUAAGAAACUACAUUAAGUCUUCUGCUCACACGCUCAGGAAUGCCAAGGACCUAAAUUGUCAGCCAUCUACCGCAGCUGUGGCAGCUGCACAGAGUGUGCUGAGGCUGUCUGAGACCAACUGUGAUCCCAAAGCUCCCAACUUCACUCUGGUUCUAAAGGACAGAAGUCCCCUCCUCCCAGGACAAGAUGUGGCCCUGCUGACUGUCCUUGGCUUUGCAGGAGCUGUUGGUCUCACUUGCCUAGGUUUAGUUGUAUUUAACUGGAAACUCCAACAAGGCAAAGCAAAUGAACACACAUCAGAAAACCUUUGUUGCAGAACCUUCAACGAACCCCUGUGUGCUCAUGGGGCAAGAAAUUACCACACUAAGGGAUACUGUAACUGCUACUUAACUCAGGAAAACGAGAUAAAGGUCAUGUCCAUUGUGGGGUCCAGAAAGGAAAUGCCACUUUUACAGGAAAAUAGUCAUCAAGCAACAUCGGCCUCUGAGUCCACAACCCUUGACGGAUCAUUUAGAAACCUGAAAAAGAAAGACCAUGGGGUAGGCAGCACUUUAUUUUGCCAGGAUGGUAGAUUGCUGCAUUCAAGGUGUUCACAGUCUCCUGGAAAUACGACAGCUUUUAAUGAAGCAGGCUUACUUACAACAUAUAAUUCAAGGAAAGUUCAAAAGCUAAGGAAUCUUGAGUCUGGAGAAGUCCUGCCUCAAACUCUGCCACACCAUAUAAUAAGAACAGAAGAUAUCAGCAGUGACACAUUUAGAAGAAGAUAUGCAAUACCCACUUCAGCCUUGGCAGGAGAAAGUCUUGAGAAGCAUUUAACAAAUGAAUCAUGGCAGCCUCCAAUAGAAAAAGAAGACAAUGGCUUACAACCUCAUAGGCAGAGACAUUUUAUUACAAGCUCAUCAUCCAAGCCUUGUGAGCCUGAGGAACGCUAUGUACAAAAGAUUGUACGAAAACAUAGAUCAAAAUAUGAUGAUCCUUGCGGACUGUUAAAACAGAGCAGACCUAGACAUUUUCAGCCAAACAAUUCUCUUAUCUGUAAAUAUGUGCCCUGUGAUCAAUUUGAAGAUUACAUGAAAGAAAAGCCAAAUCGUAGACAACACUCAAAGCCUGAGAAAGAGCAAAUCCAAAUUAACAGCGCAAUAGAAAAAUUUCUUACGAGUGAGGACAACAUAGAUUUAUCAGGAUUAUCAACAAAAAUCAAGAAAGCAUAUUCCCCAAAGAGGGUUAGUGUCCAUGAUCCUGAUUUAGUAGAAAUAAAUAGGUCAAUGAUGUCACCCAAAACAUCAACCCCUUGGAAACGACAGAAAAAUCAAAGUAACCAGCUGACUAAGUUGGGUGUCAAAAACUGUAGCAACCCUGGGGAGAGAAACAAAGGAGAAAAAUGGUUUACUAAUUCACAGGUUCUGAGAAGGAAGAGAACCCUUCAGCCUGACCUCAAAGGGAAAAUUAAAGGACGAAACUUAAAGAUAAAAUUAAAUUUACAUCCUUUUAGAAAAGUCAGAGUCCAUCCAGAAAAAUCCUUGUCAGGUCUCCCAAAGCAAUGCAAGCAAGUAUUGUUGCCUCCUAAGAAAUUAUCCAAAACUUCUGAGACAAAAGCCAAAAUAAAUACUGUGUCUUCUGCAGAUUUUCUUCAACAGUCAGAGAGUAGCAACUAUGUUAGACUCACUUCAAAGCGGCUGCCUCUGAAACAUGCCUCAAAGCAGACCCCAUAUUACCAACGAAACACUAAACGUGCCCCGCUGCUCAGUGCUAACAACUUGUCUGUAGUCAACCAGAGCUCUAUAGAAAGCAACUGUUAUUCAGCUGGCCACAUUCCUGAUGGAAACACAUCAAAAUUGCCUCAGCCUACACCCACUGAUGCUGAGCACAGGCACUCACAUUCUCAAUUCUCAACUGAACAAAUGGAAGGUGCAACUCAGCUUGAAUCAAAAGUGCUUAGUUAUUUACCAACUACUUGGGAAAAUACAGGAAGUGAUGUUUUACCAUUCCAGCAUUCCACGGGGGCUACUGACCAACGGACAACGGAGUCCACUGAGCACAUGGGACAGAAUGUAUCAAAGACCAGCGAGCUAAAUCAGUUUUCUUUGUCCCCGAGGAAUCAAACACAACUUUUAGAUGCUCACAAGACUGACAGCUACAACAAGGAAUACACUUUAGAUCAAAAUGAAGCCUUACAACACAGAGAGGAAAAUUCAACUCAUACACAACUUGGAGAUAAAGAAAAAACAUUAAUGACAAAACCCCAAAUACCACAUCAAAUUGUGGAAAAUUGUAUUACGGAUAAGGAAGAAAAUGAUGUAGAAAAAAAACUUUCAAAAACAGAUACUUGUGAUUCCUCUCUCAUUCCCCAAACACGAUCCAAGAACAACCUAUCAUUUAUGAAGACAAAUUCAAUUCCAUACCAAAAUAGAAUAGAACUUCCCAAGGAUAUCAGUACUUCUCCUGUUAGUAGUCAAGCCAUUUGGCACCUAACCAAUAGUAGCGAAAAAGGAAUUGACAGCACAAAUGCAUUGCCCAGAAAUGACGGCACUGAAGCACUAGAGAUAAAAAUAGUAGGGAAAGAAGAGAAAAAUAUGCUUGAUGAAAGCAAGACAGAUUCUAGUAUGUUAAUUCAGAUCACACAAAUGACCUUAAAAGGCACCACAAAAGAAAGGCAGCAAACUUGGGAAAAUGGAACAAGUGUAAAACAUGUAUUAUAUGAUGCAAGCUCUGCCAAGGAGACCAUUACAGCUAAAGAUUUAACUAUCGCAAGUUCCCAUGAAACCCAAAAUAGAAUACUUUGCAGUGAAGUAGAUCCUGAAAUUAACAGUAAUAUGCAUAAUUUUAGAGAAUUUCAAAAUAUUCAACCAGAUAAAGAUAGUGCAUACAAAGAAGGCGCAAUGACAGUGGAGACACAUGAAGCACUUUCCUUCUUACCAGGGUUAAAAGACAGUUUUGAGGCAGAAAAUGAAGUGUUUUUAGUUCCUAGAAGAAUAAAUGAAGCUGAAAGCUCUGCUCCAAAACCUGCACUGUAUCCACCAUCUGCUGAAUAUGCUACUACAUCACCUUUAGAAGCAGAAUAAAGUGAAGAAAAUAACUCAAAUAGUAAUUAUUUUCUACUUUAGCUUUCUUCAAGAGGACACACAAACACCCCUUAGCCUUUGCAUGCAUUACAAAUGCAUCAUUUUGGAGGAUAACGAUGUCCUCAGUAGCUCUUUGUUAUCAAUAAAAUAAAACCACAGAGUUGAAUAUAUGACAAAAAUCCAAGAUAGAGUCAUAGGAUAUGUCUGACACAAUUAACUGAGUAUGCUUCUCGAAGGAAUGAAAAACCAAGUAAGAAAAGUUUGGCCAAGUCUUGCAAAAGCAAGCAAACAUUGAAAAAGCAAAAAAACAAAAGCCUCAAAAAAAUGAAAGACUACAUAAGAAGAGUAUUUGAGCAGAUUUACAUUUGAUGUUUAUUUUAUGUAAAUUAUUAUACACAUCUCAAUUAGUGGUAUUACAAUAUUGCUUUCUACAUGGAUAAUUAUAUAUUCAUAUUUGCGUUUGAUCCGUUUUCCUAAUUAUAGUAUGAAAAUAAAAAUUCAGCUUUGUUAACUGUAGUCUAACUGAUAUGCAUAUUGGCAUAUUUCAUACAUUUGCAAUUGUCCUGUUGACAAUUAUCUUAGAUUUAAGUAGAAGUCUUUAAAACCUGUUAUUUCUCUAAGAGAAAAAAGUUGAGGAUUUCCAGGGAUAGUUGGCUGUUUCCAUAAAAAUCUGCAAAAUCCAAUAAAUCCACUAGGUGGAGAUCUCAGCUUCAAUCAUUUUAGAAGAACAGGGCUUGAAGAUCAACACAAUGGAUCCUGAACAAAAGGAAUUUUAAUGAGCUUUAUUGCCAAUUGUUAUUAAUUUAAGAUUUUGAAAACUAAAUAACCUAUUAGUACAUAGCUUUCAAGUUUGAUCUCUUGGGUUUCGCAUGCUGCUAUUGUUUGGAGUGAGAACUCCUCCUUGUACACUGGAAUUAAAUGUGAAUAUAAAUAUUACAUUUAAAAAUAGUAGCAGAACAAACAUGUCUCAUUCAAAGCCAUGCUUAUUUGAAAAAUAUAUAUAGGGAUUCAAAUAAUUUAAUUUUUGAGACCACUGUAAAAAAUAUUUAAAGCAUACCUUCACGGUUUAGAAUAUUAUCAUAUUUUACAUUUUUUAGUAGGGGAACAAAAAGGUUAAAAGGGAAACAAACUUCCUUUUCUCGUAUCUGUAUACCUGUCUAGGUCUAUACAUCUUUAUAUCUACAUUUGGUAUAAUAAUAAUAAUAAAUAAGCUUUGUAAACCUUAUAAGAUUAUUAGAACAAUAUAAAUAUAGCCCACAUACCUCACCUCUUUUGUUUCCCUUCCUAUUCAGAAUUGCUAGGAAAUGACUUAAGUUGUUUAUUUUGAAAGUUCCUAAACUUCUUACCUCUCUUCGUCUUUUCUCACCAAUAUUCAAGACUUUAUUGCUUUUAAUCCUAAUUCCUCUGGUAUUUUUGUUCAUUAUCUCUGCUUGAGCUUAACUCCUAUGCCACCUAUCUGCCUUGCCUGAUCCCACUUUAUUUUUAAAGCACCUUUAAGGUGAGAGAAGUAUCUAUGCCAACUUCUUGCAUGAUAAGUUUAUUCCACCCUAAUUGACGGCUUCUUCAUCUUUGUAGACCAGGUCACUUUUUUUUUCUUGGUAGCUAUCUUUCCUUUUCCUUUUUCCUUUUUUUCUACUUUAAAGCACUGUCACCUUACUGCAGCACCUUUAGCUUUGUUCUCUCUCCUCUCGCUGCCAACAAUAUCCCUGAUAUCUAGAGGCCUAAUGAGUACUCUUGGUCACUAGCUGACUCUCAGGAGGCAGCAGUGCUAGUUCUCCUGGUCUCUUUUCUCUCUUCCAUUUCUGAAAUUCAGUCUUUUAUCUCUUUAUGAUGUUUCCUUUGAAAUCGUUCUCAGGUUUACCCUUGCCCUUGAAUCUCCAUGGUAACCAUUGUAGUCUGUGUGUUGUAAUCAACUGGAUUACUCAAACAGCAAUCCAGCUGGCUGCUCCAACUUCAUUGUCUUUUGCUUGAGUUUCAACCCAUCAGUUCUCUGUCUUUGUUGGGCACAAAUCACCUGGGGUGCUUGUUAAAAUGUGGCGUUUCAGGCUCAAUGUCAGAGAUUUUCAUUCAGUAAACUUAGGAUAGGGCCCCAGAAUCUUUGUUUCAACAAACAUUCUAAGGUAAUCUGUAACCCACAGUUCGCAGCCAAAUAUUAAGAAACAAUGCUCAGCUAUUCCAGUGAGCAUUAGAAGAUAAUUCGGCGCUUGCCUUACUAUAGGAACUACAUACAAUUUUUUAAACUCAAUAAAUAGCAGAAGGCAUUUAUAAGGAGUGAAGGAAUAUGCAAGGAGCAAGUCGUUUUGUUUGAAGUAUAGGGAAAAGAAAAGACACGAAUGGAGACUGUCUAUGUUGCUUCUCAAAAGUGACAGACCAGUGAAAAGCUACAGAACAAGCAUUCAACACAACACGUGAUAACCUCAUUCAUAUAUUCAUUUGUCAAAAUGUACUGACUAUUUUAUGAGGUAGUAUGCUGCUAAAUCCAGAAGGAUGAGUCCUGUGUAAUGUUGCUACUACAAUAAUUGAUAAUGCUGUCUCACUUUGGAGUCAUGGAUUCGUUCCUCAUUGUAAAUGGCUAAUAUGUAGCUUAUAUUGAAUCUGAUGCUUCACAUAAUUUAUUGCUGAACAUAUGCUAGAUUGCCUAAACACUGCAAUGAUAUUAGACAUCUUGUUUCUUGAUUCAUGGUAACUGUCCAAGUUUGAAAAAUUCAGCAUCUAUCAUAAACAAACUCUCUUUCCAAUAAAGUACUAUACAUUUUAA